GUGUGCGUGCGUGUAGGAGGGAGUGAGAAAGAGACAGAGAGGACGGCGCUCCUUGUCGCGCAACUGGGUAGUCCGUUAUUGUCACAGCGCGCAGCUUUUUGAAGCUUUCUGCUGGAUUACAUUGACAAACUCAGCGCCGAUCAUCCGACAUGGGGAAGGUGGAAGGAGGGAUGAAAUGUGUGAAAUACCUUUUAUUCGGGUUCAACUUCAUCUUCUGGUUAAUGGGAUCCUUCGUGCUUGCAGUUGGACUGUGGCUGCGUUUUGACCCAAAAACAGCUGCUCUGCUCACUGGAAACGGAGCUCCAGACACCUUUUUCAUUGGUGUGUACAUUCUGAUUGGUGCUGGCAGUUUGGUGAUGAUGGUUGGUUUCUUUGGAUGUUGUGGAGCUGUUAGAGAGUCUCAGUGCCUUCUGGGCUCAUUCUUUGCUUGUCUUUUGAUCAUCUUUGGGUCUGAAGUGGCUGCAGGGGUAUUUGCUUUCCUCAGUAAAGACAAGAUAAUUGACGAUGCUCAGAACUUCUACAAAAAAGAGUACAGUGAGAACAACAACAGCACACUGAUCUCCAUCUAUCAAGAUAUGCUGAAAUGUUGCGGAACAGCACAGAGCCCAUGCCCAGACUCUGAACCUGAUACUAAGAACUGUGAGACAGAAAUUAAAGAGUUCCUCAGCAAUAAACUCUUCAUCAUUGGCUGUGUGGGCAUCGGGAUUGCUGGAGUCAUGACCAUUGGGAUGAUUUUCAGCAUGGUGCUCUGCUGUGCCAUCCACAACACCAGGGAGGUCAUCUAAGCCCGUUUUUGUAACUCCCAUUUCUCUCAAUAGACUUUUCAGCAGUUGGAAUAUAACAUCAGUUCUUGUCAGAAAUCAAAACAGGGACCAAGGAAAUUUAAGAAAAGAAUUCUUUUUUUACAAUGCACUGCUUUGUCCUGUUUCCUUAAAUCCAUUUUUCCUCCUGUUUUCAGUGUCAUUGUCCAUUUCUGUUACUGUGUGGGAUUUUCCCAUUCCUGAAGCAGAACAUUUUAGUUUAUUUUAACCUGACAUUCUGUCAAAUAAUUCUUCCUCUCUGCCAUUUGGACACCACCAGAAUCUUCACCCACAUGCUGUUACAGCAGCGUCAGUGCUUUUUCACACAGCUUUGACACUGACCUCUUGUCUGUGAGAAAAAUGCACCUUAGGUACAAAAACAGAAGAAAAAAAAAGGUUUGCUUUUGCAACACACAGUAGUGCACAAACACAGUCAAUUUCCUGAGAGCCCAGAACUAAACAAAACAUUUUUGUGGGUUCCUUGAUUAGAUCUUGGACAUUCUGGUAAGUUUUUCAAAUGUUACUCAAGGACCACCUCUCGCUUUUUUUGAAAGAUACUUAAAUACCACAUACUUCUCUUUAAUUAAAAAAAAAGUUUUUGGUAAAAUCUAUUUUGAACCCAAAAAGAUGUUCUUUUAUUUAAGCAUCAUUGUGUCCCUGGAUCCACAGCAUGGCACGCGAAAGCAUGACUACAUAGGUUUGGUGUAAACAAAGGAGGGCAUAUUGUUACUGACCAACUUAGCAUGCAAAAAUAAAAAUAAAGUCACAAUAGCCUUUUUUUCAAUACAUGCAUUGAAAUAGCUGUAGCUGACAAAGACAGAUCAAUUCCAUAGUACAGUCUGUUUGUUUAAUGGUCCCUCACCCCAACCCUUCUGUUCAUAUAGUGGGCUUCAGUUUACUGAUUACUGGUUAUUGAUGCAUUUUUCAUCUUUUAGAGUAUCUAUGUAGCUCAUUACCUUGAGUAAACUUGACAGCUUAAGGCAAUGUAAUUUAUUUGCAUAUUUUAAAGUAGGUUCAGGUUAAAUUACUUUUUUUAAAAUGAAACUAAUCUGAUGUAGUUGAGAAAUAUUAAAUGUUCUGUAUAGUUUAAAGUAAUUUUAAUGCUACUUAAUGCAGGAAAUGUACUUUUAAUGGGUUAGAAUGGGUUUAAUCUAUAAAAAAGAUGAGUAAAAAGUUAGAAGUGUAGUUUAAAAUUUUUUACUUUGGAACAACAUCACAUGGGCCAAAAACUUUGUGACGAAGUGUUGUUCAUACUAUCAUAAUUGCAACCUCGAUAUAUGAUAUCUGUUCUUACAUAAGAGAAGAUACUAUUUAGUCUGUGUUGACUGUAUAGUGUGACUCUGAUUACAUGGUUGCGUUCACAGGCUAAAUAUGUAUCAGCUGUGGAGGGGAAUCCAAGCUAUCCAACCUGAGCAUUUAACCCCGCCCACUUUCAUUUUUUUUCUCCUUUGUCCAUAAAAUCCAGCCAUUAUCAUUCGGGAACGCUUCUUAUUUCAAUGAACUCACUAUAGCAUGAUGGAAAAAAGGACUAUUUAAUGAUUUUGUCAUGGAUAAAGCUUAAAUCGGAAUGCUGUUGAUGCUGUAUCAUUCAUUUAAAGAGUCAAGACUCGAAUAUGUAAAUACAGUUUUUAUUCUUUUUUUAGUUGUACAUUAUUUGUGGCUGAUCUGAUAGUUAAUAUUUAACAUGCUGUACGUAAACAGGUGUUUGCUGUAGUUGUACUCUGUUGCUUUUAUGACAGUUUUGCAUUGAUCCACACAAAAAUCCUAAACAACAACAGAAGCCUUUAAAUGUGCCUUUCUUUCUUUAAAUUUCAGACUGUUUGAACAUUUAAAUGAGAUGUAGCUGUAUUUUUGUUGUUUGUACAGUUGGCCUCCAAAUAACUAUCAUGCGAUGAGUAUGCACAGCUUGCCAUUGUUGUUUAUUGUGGUUUUAAAUGUAUACACUUGACUGCAUCUCCUCAGAUAAAACAACUGAAAAUGUGCAAGCAGCAACUUUCUUGUUGUAAAAAGCCUUUUGACACCCAAAAAAUAUAGUUCUGUAAGCCAUCAUCCAAAUAUUAGUAUAAGCAUUUGUUGAUUAUGAUAUGAUUUUUCCUUUUAUGAUAGUUAAGUAUGACCUAAAUUAUCUAACAACAAAGAUCUGGAAAGUAGUCCUUAAUGGCAUCUGGCAGUUUUUUUUUUUUUUAUAAAGUUAUCCAACUAUGUGGAGACUCAGUGGAGUUGUCAUGGUUACCAACAAAAGCUGCUGCUGCAUCCCUGCAGUUGUUUUGUGUGAGGAAAAUCAGUAGACGUCAGACAUUUUUUUAGAGUGUUUUUAGAGAGUUGUUAACUUAUUUGUUUUCUUUUCCUGGUUUCCAGAAAUAUAGAUGAUUGAAGUUUAAUAAAAGUUUGAGAGUU